AUGGAGGAAUCGGAACACUGUGGUAAUGUGAAAAAUGGGUGUGGUGGAGUGUUUUGGAUUCGGGGGUAUCUGCUCGUAGUACAAUGUGCUGGAUGUGGCCGAGCCAUACGGAUAUACCGGGAGACGUCUUUCGGAGCUGCUAUGUGCCGAGAUUGCCUCCGAGCCGGCAUGAGGAGAAUGAGUGCGGCUCGUAGGGAGAAGGAGGCGGCCGCGGUAGUGGCCUUGGAGCAAAACGCAGCAAAUCGAUGUGAUGAAGUUCGCAGCUUGGAACGUCUUUCCAGUACUUACUUCCGCAUUGGUAGCCCGAAAGAACCCGCGAAGGAACCCGGAAAGGCGGAGGAUGGCGACGCGAGUCGUGAACGUAUAGAGAUGUUGGGGCUCAUUCGGGAGGCCGGUGAUGAUGAACUGUUUCAUCCCAUUGCCCCGAGUCAUCUACACCAUUCCGAGAGCCGUGGCAACCAUGACACGGUCCCUGAUGAUGUAGCAUCUUCUGGCUCGAGGCUCCUCUAUGGUCUUAGCUUGUUGGUGGCGGUCGUUCCCAACGCUGACCAGCUCUCACUGCCUACAGUGCAGCAGGUGGAUCGAGCGCUAGAUGCCGUUCGUCCAGGUCUGGCUAUGGAUGGAGGAGGCGUCCGAGUGCUUGGUGUUGAGGAUGAUGGCAGAGUCCGAGUCCUUUUCACUGGAGCUUGCAGCUCGUGUGCUCUCUCGGACACCAGCACUAAAUAUGGCCUUUGGGACGUCCUGUCCAGCAAAUUCCCUGUUCUCACUUCAAUAGAGACAGUCUCGGCCGUGGACGCUGCUGCGGAGUCAGGGCCUCUCAAUGCUGCGGAGCUGGAUAGCGCCAUCAGAGAGAUCAGGAAAGAGAUAGAGGAUAUAGGCGGGAGUCUCGUGGUGAAGUCGAUGAGUCCUUCUAAAGUGGUAUUGUUAUUGACCCUUCCCACCAGAGUAGUGCCAAUCCUUAAUGCAGUUCAGGGUAGAGUCCGAGCGACGCUGGGUAGACCAGAAGUGGACCUGCAAGUGCGCUGGGGUAACAAGUAG